AUGAUGGAGCCCUAUUUACUAGGAAAUCAUCAUCAUCAUCAGUACAGCAUGAUGGAGCCCUAUUCACUAGGACAUCAUCAUCAUCAUCAGUACAGCAUGAUGGAGCCCUAUUUACUAGGACAUCAUCAUCAUCAUCAGUACAGCAUGAUGGAGCCCUAUUUACUAGGAAAUCAUCAUCAUCAUCAGUACAGCAUGAUGGAGCCCUAUUCACUAGGAAAUCAUCAUCAUCAUCAGUACAGCAUGAUGGAUCCCUAUUUACUAGGAAAUCAUCAUCAUCAUCAGUACAGCAUGAUGGAGCCCUAUUUACUAGGAAAUCAUCAUCAUCAUCAGUACAGCAUGAUGGAGCCCUAUUUACUAGGACAUCAUCAUCAUCAUCAGUACAGCAUGAUGGAGCCCUAUUUACUAGGAAAUCAUCAUCAUCAUCAGUACAGCAUGAUGGAGCCCUAUUCACUAGGAAAUCAUCAUCAUCAUCAGUACAGCAUGAUGGAGCCCUAUUUACAAGAACAUCACGAUGUAGCUCUAUCCACAACGACAUCAUGA